GCUACACCAGGUUUCCAUCCUCAGAGACCAAAAGCAGCAGACAGCUUGCAUCGGGAAAUACUCUGAUUCAGGGUGGUUGUGACUGCAGACAUGAAGACUUUCUAAAUGGACAGGAAUCAUAACAUCUGAACUUCCUGCAGCAGCAUCCUCCGGACAACAGCUUUUGACCUCAUUUUCUAGCCGCUGUUUUCUGGCCGUCCUUCCUGGCUUUGAAGGAUGGGUGAUGGGCCUGUGACUGCUCCUGCCUGCCUGCUUCAUCCCAUCCUUCAAUGGAACCGAUGUGGAAUUCCUCCCGGCCACCUCCACAGCUCAUCUCCAACAUGUCGGCCUCCUUUCUGCCUGAGGGCUGGGCUCUGUCCCAGUCGCUAGCCCUGCUGGCCAUGCUGCUCAUGGAUCUGCUGGCUGUGGUAGGUAAUGUGGCUGUCAUGGCGGUCAUUGCAAAGGCCCCACAGCUCCACAAGUUUGCCUUUGUGUUCCACCUGUGCGUGGUGGACCUGCUGGCAGCCCUGGUGCUGAUGCCCCUUGGCAUGCUCUCAAGCCGAGCCUUCUUCGGGGAGGCCCUGUGCCGGAGCUACCUCUUUCUCAGUGUGUGCCUGGUUAGCGCUGCCAUCCUCUCUAUCUCCGUCAUCAAUGUUGAGCGUUAUUACUACAUCAUACACCCGAUGCGCUAUGAAGUAAAAAUGACUGUUGGCCUGGUAGCGUCAGUGCUGGUGGGGAUCUGGGUCAAUGCCCUGGCCAUGUCUGCUCUGCCGCUGCUCGCUUGGUUCCUGCAAGGUGGAAGAACUCCUCUUCUUGACAGUAGUGGGGUUGUGGGAGGAGGAGGACGAGGAGGAGGAGGAGGGGCAGUCCCAUCUCCACCUGCUCAAGGUCACAGGCGCUGCUCAAUACAUUGGACAGGAGGAGGCUCAAACCGCUUGGCCUUCAUGGCCCUGUUUACUUUAGUGUAUUUCCUGUGUCCACUCCUGGUCAUUCUUGUUGUGUACUGCAAUAUGUUCAAAGUGGCUCGGGUAGCAGCCAUGCACCACGGGCCUCUGCCUACCUGGAUGGACACGCCUCGACGGCAGCGGUCAGAAUCACUUAGCAGCCGAUCCACGAUGGUCACCAGCUCUGGCACAGGGACCGGGACGGACAGAGCCACUCCGCAGCGUCCCUUUGGGGGAGGAAAGGCUGCAGCGGUGUUGGCAGCAGUCGGUGGGCAAUUCCUUUGUUGCUGGCUGCCCUACUUUACUUUCCACCUGUAUUCAGCACUGUCUGCCAGCCCUCCAGCCACACUAGCGUCUCUGGAGGAGGUCGUCACCUGGAUUGGUUACUUCUGCUUCACCUCCAAUCCCUUCUUCUAUGGCUGUCUCAACAGACAGAUCCGGGAGGAGCUGGGCAAGCAUCUGCCUUGUCUGUUUCGUCGAGCAGGAUUUGAGAUGGAGGACAGACUACCUAGUCGUGAAGGAUCCAUAGAGGAGAAUUUCCUCCAGUUUCUUCAGGGCACCGGCUGCAACAUGGAUCCUCAAACCUCUCACAGCACCUCCAGCCCGAAAGGGGAGGCGUGCUGCCCAGUGGCACAGCCCCAACCACCCGAGCCAGCACAGUCCGUACCGAUAGAUUUCCGUAUCCCUGGACAGAUUGCAGAAGAGACAUCAGAGUUUAUUGAGUCUGAGCAGGCAAAGAACCUCCACAUAUAUACAGAAAAUUAAGUUUUUUAAUAAGAUUAAUUUUCAUCACUCAGAUAUGAACUGUUUUAGGAAUUAUUUCUGUGACAACGUGUUUCUCUAUUUUUAAACCGAUCCAACAGGUAGCUCAGUUAAUUGAAACAACUUUACAUUUUAUUUUGAAUCAUUGCACUUUGCCUCGUCAGUUUCAUUGUUUAACAGUCACAAUGAUACUAUUAAAUGCAGUCGUUUGAGAUGUGUUUGAAACUGUUGUUUGUGAACAGGGAAAUUACUGCUACAUAAAAAUGGCAACAAUGGCCUUCCACACAACCACUCAGCUCGGUACAGUAAACCACUUUUAUGACGACUAUUGGUGUAACUAGUUAAAGCCUUUUUUAAAAUAUAAAAAUAACAUUCAUUACAUAUUUGAUUCAAUGAAGGUAACCGAAUUAAUGUUUUAAGAAAAUUCCUUUUUUAUCAGAAAAUUAGGGAACGAUUACUGAAAUGAAUGAUAUGAUUGUGCGGUGAAGCCUUUGGUAUUCAGACAUGAAGACGAAACGGUUCCACAAAACCAACUGAUACUGUAUUUGUAACUGCCAAAUCAAUCAUGUUUGAGUCUCCAGGAAGUAGAUUUUUCUAUGAAGUAAUAUUGAAGAAAACAGCAAUAAAAUACACAAGAUUAUGAGUAUUUGAGGGAUUAAUUGAGGGAAAAGCACUUCUGUCACUUUUGAUUGGUAGCCGUGCUUUAGAGAUAAUGUCACUCUUAACCCUUAUGCCAAUCUGAUCAUAAUCGAUUAGCAGACGUCCAUAUUGUGGCCUCACUCUCAUGGAAUUGCUACCAGUUGUUCACAGGUAACCAUUUUUUCUCUCUCCUUUCUUUGGUGCUUUGUCCAAACACAUCUUUUUGUUGUUGAUUUCUGAUAAAGUAGAUCUCUACCCAGUUUAGGAUGCCGGUUGAUUUGACUCAUUUUAAGGGUCACCCAGCUUUCUGCCAUGUGAUGUAUUCAUCAGUGUAUUUGGAUACAGAUCUUAAAGAUCUAUAUUCUCUUGAUGCACUGCGCUACGAUCAAAUAUUAUUCUAGUUCUUACAUAUGUUAAAUGUACAAAAUUGUAUGUUAUAUUUAGUAAAAUUGUAAAAGUUUGAGUUGUGUGUAUCACUCAGCAUGCUGUUUUUUGAGUCUAUGUAUUUGUUAUAAAUUUCAUCACAAUGAGGCUGAUGUAUUUUGAUAGGUAUGCAACCCUUUUCUUUUUUUGUGGAGAUUUUUUAUCCUGGAAGUAGAAUCAUUUAGAUUUAGUUUGACUCCUCUGCUCAUCAGGGUUUUUACGGUACCUCACAUGCAGGAAAAAUAAAUGUUAUUUUAUAGUCCUGCACAGUUCCAAGUGAAGUUUUUGAUGAUGAGAUGAAGUUGUAUUUUAUAGCAAACUGUAAGAGAUAAAUACGAGAAACUACAUGUGGAAAUGUUUGAUUCAAAUGACUUUCUUAUGUAAUAUGGAUACAGGGUUUUAAAGAUAUUUUUGGAGUGACGAUGCAAUCCAAAAUGUAAAACUUGUCGCGCUUAAUAUCCUCAUUUUCAUCACAUCUAAAUAUCACAAACUGUAAAUGAUGUUGUACGUUUGUGUUAAGAUUUUCACUUGUUCAAAGAUAGUUUUUUUAUGCUGUGAUAACAAAAUAAAGAAUGACUUCCACUGUACUGCAAUGAUAUGAAUGGGUUUUUAGAAAAGUACACGGCUAAACUUUGAGUGAGAGAUACUGUUGUAAUAAAGAGUUUCUAUGUUG